UUCUUGUACAACGACGACCAGGAUGAUGAUGAUGAUGAUGAUGAUGAUGAUGAUGAUGAUGAUGAUGAUGAUGAUGAUGUUAUGUGCCUCGUUUGCCACAAGGUGAUGACCCAACGUAAACUGGACACGAUCAAACGACAUACUGUUCGACGUCACGUGGAAUUGUUAGGGAUGCCGGAAAUUGAUCGACAAAAUUUGUUCGAGCAAUUAAUCCGACAACACAAUUUGAUGAGCAGUGUGGAGACAUCGACCGUCCCGACAACUGUCACAUCGCGAACCAGUCGUAAAACUCCGGAUGCAAUGAAACUGGGUCUGGAGAAGGAUGGUUCUGAGUCACAACAUGUGGCUCAUCCCCGCACUGUAGACAAUUCGUCGUGGCAACCGGAAAUUAUGAGUCAGAUCAGUUCACUUGCCGCGACGCAGCCCAUUUCAUCCACGGUGGGGUUGGGUGCUCGAGGCCCACCGGGGAGAGAUUCAUCCACCCGGAUGAGUUUGAAUGCGCGCGGUGGCGACUUUGGUUUCUCUUCACAUGCCGGGAAUGUGGAACUUGAGAAUGGACCAUCGGUUCCAACGAGUUUGCCACCUCUGGGACCGGGAGGAGUCGAAUCGGCCAUGUUCGGACCGCAUCAUAUGUUCAAACGUGCGUUCGAAGAAUUGUUAGCUGAAACUCAGCAUGCAAACUCCGCCGGUUCGGGGACCCCAGUCACUCACACAAAUAAAGAUUCUACCAAGACAUUAACAUCUAUUUCACCCAAUCAUUUACCUAGUCCAUCAUUCCCUGGAGGUCUACCAUUCUCUAACCCACUAUCCCCUACCGCUAUUCAACGAACCGCAAUGAAUUAUUCUAAAGCGAACUCCGUAACCUCAUCGUUCAGCCAACUUUUGGAACAGUUGGCUCACAGUCGGAACAAAUUUCCCCCGUCUGAAUCCCGACCGAGUCCACCGAGUGGUCGUUCCACUACCAGUUCAACUGGACCCAUCAUUCCAAGUCUGAACCCAUUCCCCGGGCAAUCUGAUCCCAUUGGACGAGGCCCCGAUCCGCUGCUUGAUGGGCAUACACCUAGUGCACAUGAUGAACGGUUCUCUCAUUCCGCUCUAAAAGCGGAAAGCGGUCAUGUGACAUGGGAUGAUGAUGAUGAUGAUGAUGAUGUGGUUAUCACAGCGUGA